AUGUUACAGGGCGUCGAAUCGACAGACAACAAUUUAACAUCGGUAAAAAAUGAAAAAAAUUACGCCGAAGGAUUACAACAAAAGGAAUUGAGAAUGAUGCAAGGGAAAUAUAUGAAAAAUAAUGAUGAUUCAACUGGAAAAAUUAAUAAAUUUAAUGGAGAAUUAUUAUGUUUUCUCACGGAAAGUCCUUUUCGAAUACUUAGAGGUAUACAUAGGUCGGGAGAUAUCCAGAGAUGUCGUCUUAAACAUUACAAAGAUUUUGUUAUUAAAAAAAGAAAGCAUAAACACGAUCAUGAUAAACACAUCGUAAUAAAAAAUUAA